CGGUGGCGUAGGUAUACUGGUGUAAAACGUCAACUUACGAAAAGCACGAACCUCGUGGUUUAAUGAAUUCGAUUCCAAUCUACCGAAAAUGACGCUGCCUUUCCUCCUUCUUCCCAAGCGGUGCCAAAGCCACGAUGCCGCUCCUUCGGACCACAACCCUUGUCGUUUUAACGGUGAUCCAGCUAUUUGAGCCCUCGUCUCCGACCGGCAAUCAAGACAAACGCAUAUCAGCGUUCCUGAACGGCGAUUUUAUAAUCGGUGCCUUAUUCCCCGUGCAUCACCAACCGUCAUCAAAGAAACGCACCGUCGCCAGUCUCGGCAUCAAAUGCGGCGAAAUCCGGGAACUCUACGGCAUCCAGCGCGUCGAAGUCACGUUCCAGACAUUGGACCGAAUUAAUAAAGAUCCCAAUUUACUGCCCAACCUCACAUUAGGGGUGGAAAUCCGGGAUGAGUGCUGGUACGCCCCGGUGGCACUCCAGCAGAGCAUCGAGCUCAUAAGGGAUGCCAUCACUCCCGUGUCCUCCUACCUGGACUCGUGCCACAACCUCACGGCUGCCAGCGACGCCGGCCAGCGAGGACCCCUCAUCGGGGUGGUGGGGCCAGGGUCCAGCUCGGUGGCGCUCCAAGUGCAGAACCUGCUGCAGCUGUUUCACAUACCCCAAGUCGGGUAUUCCACCACUUCGAGGGAUUUAUCCGAUAAGAGUCGAUUUAAUUAUUUCCUGAGAGUGGUGCCGUCGGAUUAUUACCAAGCGCAAGUUAUUCUCGAUAUUGUGAGAUAUUACGGGUGGACGUACGUCUCGGCUGUCAAUACCGAUGAAAAUUAUGGCCAAUCGGGGAUCCAAGCCUUUCGGGAGCUUGCCGAAGAAGCCGACGUUUGUAUCGCGAGAGAGGAUUCGAUUCUGAGCAACGCGCCCGACGAAGGCUUUGAUAAGGUCAUCCUCAAUCUGAAACAAGAUCCCAAUGCUUAUGUCGUCGUCUGCUUUUGCGAAGGACUGACCGUCAGAGGACUCCUCAAGGCGACCCGACGUCUCAACAUGACCAAUCAUUUCUUAUUCAUAGGAAGUGAUGGUUGGGCCGACAGAGGCGACGUAACUCGCGGAUUUGAAGAAGAGGCGUGGGGCGCACUUUCGAUAAGAAUUCAUUCGCCAUAUGUGAAAUCUUUCGACGAAUAUUACUGGUCUUUGAAGCCCCAUAACAACACCCGUAACCCAUGGUUUAGGGAAUUUUGGGAAUCACGGUUUUCUUGUUCGCUUGAUGGACCACCAGACGACACACUUUCCAUUGAUACUCUCCUCAACUCCACACAAAGCUCUACCGUCAACAAGACAGACUCGAGAAAGCUUUGUAGCGGUGAAGAGAGUUUGCUAGACAAAUAUCGGCAAGAUUCUAAGCUUAGCUUUGUUAUUAAAGCUGUGUACAGUUUAGCGCACGCUUUACAUGACAUGCAGCAGGACAAGUGUGGGCCCGGAACGACCGGAACGUGUGAAAAGCUCCUGCCCUUCAAUGGGUCCUUGUUUAAGAGUUAUCUGAUGAAUGUUACCUUUGAGUAUGACGAAGAGAUAAUAGAAUUUGAUGAAAACGGAGAUCCCCCAGGACGUUAUGACAUUAUGAAUUAUCAGAAGCUCGAGGAUGGGAGCUUUGAUUAUGUCCAGGUUGGAAAUUGGCACAACAGAAGUUUGUGGUGGAAUCAGUCAAGACCGGUGCAGUUUGGUAAAAGCAGAAAUGUCAAGUCGGUUUGCUCAGAGGAAUGUCCAAAAGGACAUUACAAAAACGUCCAGCAGGGCGGAAAGGACAAGCGUUGUUGCUGGGUUUGCGUGCCAUGUCCCAGCGGAGAGAUCCUCGAUGAGGAAGGAGAGAGUUGCCAUCGCUGCCCGCAAGGAUUCGUGCCGGACGAACUAAAACUUAAGUGUCUCCAACUGCCCAUCGAACACAUGCAGUGGUGGGACACUCAGGCCAUCGUCGCCAUGAUUUUCGCCUCGUUGGGCUUCCUCAGCACAUUCUUCGCGUUUGUAGUUUUUAUGAAAUACAACGACACUCCAGUCGUCAAGUCUUCCACCAAAGAAUUGUGUUACAUUAUCUUAGCGGGAAUGAGUGUUUCGCACGCUAGCGUGUUUGCUAUUCUCAUGAAACCGUCGAUGAUUUCGUGCGCGUUGAGUCGCGUUUUGCCGGGAUUGAGCUUUGCGAUGAUGUAUGCAGCGCUUUUGACUAAAACUAACCGAAUUGCGAGGAUUCUGGCAGGGAGCAAGAAGAGGUUUCCCACGAGGAAACCCCUCUUCAUGUCGGCAACGGCCCAAGUCGUCAUCACUUGCUUCCUAAUAGCUAUCGAGAUUUUCAUCUCGGGGGGGAUGCUCCAUUAUCAAUUCCCCAACAUCGCACAUGUCUACUCCACCACGAGAACCCUCCUAGAAUGCGACACGACUCCAGAAGCCAUCGUUGUUCCGCUAGCCUUUGACUUCUUCCUCAUCAUUCUCUGCACUAUCUACGCCGUUAAAACGCGAAACGUUCCGGAAAAUUUCAACGAAGCUAAAUUCAUUGGUUUCGCAAUGUACACCACUUGUGUCAUCUGGAUUGCUUUCGUUCCAAUCUACUUCGGGAGUGACUCAAAAGUCAUCACUUUGUGCAUGUGUGUAACUCUCAGUGCUAUGGUGAUUUGGGUCUUUCUUUUCGUUCCUAAACUCUAUAUAAUUCUUGUGAAGCCUGAAAGAAACAAUCGGGCACUUUUCACCACGAGUAAAACUAUCAGGUGCCAUAUUGGCUCAAGAGUGGCUUCCGCUGUUUCGGAAAAAAGUUCAAAUAACAGCUGGAAGGAGAGCACGGUUUCAGGAAGAGACGUUGGAGUAGUGCCUCCUCAAAAAAGAACUCUUUCGUGUCAAACAGGUAACGAACUACUGCAAGUUCUACUUAACCCAAAAGCCCUAAUGGAACCAUAUACAGUCUCAGCCAAUUCUUUUGCCCUACCCAAAAUUACAGAAAGAGACUGCUGCGAGGCUGAUAAUUGCCAAGUAAAAAAAAUUAUAAUCGAGCUACCUGACAAUCCAGUUUUGUAAACUAAUAAGGGGAGUAAACACCACAAAUUAUUACUCUACUUUUUUAUAUAAAAAAUUUAGUAUCCAAUAAUAACAGAGACUAAAUUCGACACAUGAUUUUCAUUCCUUUUAUUGUAAAAAAUGUAAUACAGAUAUUUUUGCAUAUUUGAAUUUUUUAAAUUGCUAAGAAUAACGGUUUGCUCCUCAACUUGAACCAAAACUUGUUAUUCUAAAAAGGCGCUAAAACAUAGUUCAAGAGUGCCAAAUCUGGUUUCAAAAUACUAUUUCCACGCUUUCUACGCUAGUGUGAAAGCAGACACAGCCUUUCAAAAAAUGUCUGUAAAAUUGUUCUAAUUAAAUGUAAAACUAGUCAAUGAUGUAUUUUAUGAGAAAACACACGUUAGUUAAUUUUUUUCUUGUACAGUCACGAUAGAUCUGUAGCUUUAGAAUAUUUCUACAGUCAGUAUUUCUAAAGACAAAUAUUUUCUAUCCAUAUGUUGUGAUAUAAAAUGUUAUAUUAAUUUUGCGGAAAUAAACGUAAAUGUGUUCAUCAAGACCAAUUUUUCAAUCCUCGAAGCAAUAUUUAUUGUUUGUAAUAAAAUUUUCAGUUGUUAAAGGUCUUUUAUUUUUCAUUUUGAAAACAAAUGCGACGACUUAUCCAGGAUUAUAAAUAAAUUUAGCUUAAAAUUAAGUAACAUCGUAGUGCGACUAUAUUAUAUUUCACAUAUACAGAUAAAUACAAGGUGCUUUUUUAUAUAAAUAAUGGUUUUAAGAUUGUUUUCAACAACUGUUUGUUAUGUAAUACUUUUUCUGGAUAUGUAUAGACUAAGGAUGUC